GAGAUAGUUGGUGUGACACCGACAAAUCAAAAUUUCCUCGUCGGUUACGUCUUCAUGCGCAACGAGUGCACGGCCAGCUAUCGAUGGGUUUUGCAGAGAUUGAGAGACUUGAUCGGGUUUGAUAAGGAACCGUCGGUUUUCUUGACUGAUCGUGAGUUGGGGCUAGUUGCGGCAUUGAGGGAAGUGUUUCCAGGGACCUCGCACUUACUUUGUCGAUGGCACAUUAACAAAGAUGUUGAGGCUCGUGUCACUGAUAUGUUCAAAAACAAAAAGGUUGGUGCGACAUUCAAAAACGGGAGAUGGAAACGUGUGAUGGACGCUGCAACCGAGGAGGAUUAUGAGGCUGCUGUAGAGAUGAUGAAACUGAAAUGGGCAAGUUAUCCAAAGGUGAUAGAGUAUGUUGAGAGGACUUGGCUUUGUCAUAAAACAAAGUUUGUGACAUUUUGGACUAACCAAGUUCUUCAUUUUGGCAACACAAGCACAUGUAGAGUUGAGAGCCAGCAUUCGGCCGUCAAGAUGUGGUUUGAUUCUUCGACAGGUUCUUUGGAUACCGUAUGGGCCCGAGUUCAUUGUCACAUUGGUAAUCAAAUCAUCGCUAUUCGUAAUGAUUUGGAGGCAUCUAGGUCGAAGAUUGGUCAGAAGUACCGACAAUUGCCAUUGUCACGUAUUAACGGCAAGGUGUCUCAGCAUUGUUUGAAGAUUCUCGACAAGGAGACGAAAAGGAUGAGGGAUCUGAGUUAUCAGAUGUAUGAGCGUUGCGGAUGUGCAUUGCGGGUGACCCAUGGUUUGCCAUGUGCUUGUCAGAUACAUGAGUCUUUAGCUCGAGAGACGGGCUUGUAUAGUAGGCAAAUUCACCAGUUCUGGAAGACUUUGGUUAUCGGCAAUGGUAAUGACGGAACAACGUUCGGUAAUGACGCGACCGAGGACGCCACACAUUUUCGAAAUCUGAUGGACGAGGUACUUGGUAGUGACAAUGCUGUUCUACGAAAUGUGACACGCAUCAUUGAGGAAGAGCUACAUCCGGAUCAUGAUAACCUCCAAGAACCUCAUAUCAACCAUAGGGUGCGUGGUCGACAGAGGAACAACGAUACAAGACGUGAUCGGUCUUAUUUCGAACAUGUGAAUCGCCGAAACAGUCACUCUGGUCAACGACAAGGAGGUAUGAUUUUGGUAUUGUGGGUUUAAUCGUUUUUCAUGAGUUCUUGUACUAAUAACUGAACCCUCCUCAGGCCCACCUGGCAUCGGCCCCCGAACCACCCACGACUCAGACGAGCUGGUAGAACCUUCACCUGGUUCACUACUACUACCAUAUCUCCCAUGGUCACCCCUAUACACAGCACAGUAAUCCUGAGGGUCGUACUCUGAAUCUCGACUAGCAUGACUAGCUCGCUCAUCGUCGUCCUCUUCGUCAGAUAAAGGAACUCUACCCGACAAGUACAUGGGGGCGCUCAUGUCUGACUGAUGCUCCCCCGACCAAGUACGAGCAGACCCGUACUGCUGCUCACGGUGAAACAGUGCCUCCGAAGGUCCUGCACCACCUAACUCCCUCCUCACUGAUGCAUUCAAACGUCUCGAUCUUGCAUGUCGAGCGCCCGAACCCUCAAUCUGCAUUAAAUAAGUAGAAAAUAUAAUUUCAUUAAUACUUACACACACAACUAUGAUAUCAACCUUGAAUCGUUAAUAUUCCAAUUCCAAAAUAAUAGCAACAAUACAUAACAAUUACAAUAAAUGAAAAAACAAAUUACAUAAACAUAACA